AGGCCAUCGUUUUUUAAAAAGAAUGGCUAAAAUUAUUAUAUUAUUUGAGUUUUAUUAUAAACUCAAAAACCCUAACUUCAAGCCGAAGUUUAGGCUUAGGGUUUGGCAUCAAAAUACGCACACUCGACUCGAGACAGAGAAAUACAUGGCGACAACGACGGCGACUACAACAAGGACGGCGACAGCGAAAAGGAAGCCGGUGUUUGUCAAGGUGGAUCAACUGAAGCCUGGAACGAGCGGCCACACCCUAGCGGUGAAGGUGGUGAACUCGAAGACGGUGCUACAGAAGGGUCGAUCGGCAUCUCAGCUUCCUAACCGCAGUCGCAUCGCUGAGUGCCUCGUCGGCGAUGAGACAGCUUCUAUCCUCUUCACCGCUCGUAACGAGCAAGUUGAUAUGAUGAAGCCAGGCGCCACUCUUAUUUUGCGUAAUGCGAAGAUUGACAUGUUUAAGGGGUCGAUGAGGCUGGCGGUUGACAAAUGGGGGCGUGUUGAAGUCACUGAACCGGCUAAAUUUGUGGUUAAAGAGGAUAACAAUCUCUCGCUUGUUGAAUAUGAACUAGUUAAUGUUGCGGAAGAGUGACUAGGAUCUUUGGGAAAUGAAUAAUUCAGAGGUUACAGAAGGUUGGGUUCUUCUUGCCUGGGGACACCGUUAAUUGGAGCUGCAGUUAUGGAUCCGGUGGAAAAAAUGUUGCCGAGAGUUCACCUCCUCCUUCAGUCCCCUUCUAAUGACUGCAGAUAGUGAAGUUUCAGCUUCGAAAGUAGGUUGGGUUUAUAGAAUGGCCUGUCCCUCCUUGUCGCUGCUUUAUGGUGUUACAUGUAUUAUGGUUGAAUCUGGACAAGUGAAUUGAUAUAUAUUGUCAAUGAUUACCUUCUGUUA